UAUGUAUCAGGGGACCCCAGCUUCGCCAAAUACACUGUAGCUGAAAACAAGUUUGAAAUCUACAGCAGAGAUGUCCAAAAUCGGCUCCUCCACAAUCAUAAUGAUCCAUCACAGCUAAGAAAUUUAGUUUUAUUGAAUGCGAAGAAAAGUGAUGAGUCUAAAUAUGUUCUGGUAAUUAAUUAUGUCAACGUCACACUGCAGACAUCGGAGUAUACCUUACAAUUGUCAGUAAAAGAUCUUUGCUUUGGAAAACCCGAACAAGUAGGAGGAUGCGCAGAAUCAACAUGCUUUACAGGAGGAAACGGAAUCCUAACAACGAUUUACGAUGACAACACAGGCAAGGCACAAACAGUGAAUGGUUACACAAAGGUGAGAAACUGUACGAGUGGUGUCUCUGUCAGUUAUACAUGCUGUAAUGCAGCCGGAACAUGUGAACAGCAAAUGUUCAAAGUGCCCGAAGUAAUUGGUCAAGAUGUCCAAAAAACCAUCGUUGCAUGCAUGAAUGACAAAGUUAUUUUGUCCUUUGAUCUACAUGAGAAGAGGAACCAUACUGUGGAUAGUUAUAUUUGGUACAAACAGGAUGUAUCAGGGGAUCCCAGCUUCGCCAAAUACAGGGUAGCUGAAAACAAGUUUGAAAUCUACAGAGAUGCCCAAAAUCGGCUCCUCCACAAUCAUAAUGAUUCUUCACAGCUGGGAAAUUUAGUUUUACUGAAUGUGAAGAAAAGUGACGUUUCUAAAUAUGUUCUGGUAAUUAGUUAUGUCAACGUCACACAGCAGACAUCGGAGUAUCUCUUACAAUUGUCAGUAAAGGAUCUUUGCUUUGAAAAACCCGAACAAGUAGAGGGAUGCGCAGUAUCAACAUGUUUUACAGGAGAGAACGGAACAUUAACAAUGAUUUACGGUGACGAGGCAGGCACGACACGAACAGUGAAUGGUUACACAGUGGUAAGAAACUGUACAAGUGGUGUCUCUUUUGGCUACUCCUGCUGUAAUGCUGCUAGAGUCUGUGAGCAACAAAUGUUCACAGUCACUGAAGGUAUGUUAAUUGUUGCUUUGAUUUGAGACAAAUCUCUGGGAAUUCAGUUGUAAAUGAAUAAAGAUCCAUUCAGAUUUUUACCUAAUCUUACUCAUCAUGAGGCGGUCUAUUACAAGUGUAAAAUGCUUGUUUUUUGUUAUUCCUAUAACAUUCCUAUCAAUUAAAUACAUUGACCAAUAUUUU